CUCCAUCUUCGGCGACAUUGGCUUCUUCAGUGCUUCACAUAACUAAAUAUUAUUACAGCACUGCCCAAAACCAAAACCCCUAAAACUGUGCCAAAGAAAAAGGUCAUGAAACUUUGAAAACCCUCAAAAUCCUUAAACCCCAACAAAACCCCACCAAAAACCAAGCCAUGCCCAUCUCAAAUUCUCUCUUCACAAUCCUCACCCACCACUUCUCCACCACCAGAAACCUCUCAAAACUCCCAAACCUCUCCAAAAUCCCUGGCAAGUACAGGCCCCAAGCAAUCCGUGAAGCCCAGAAAGCUCUCACAGAGUAUCUCCACACCACUAGGACCUUGCCCUUCACUUAUGCUGAGCACAUUGCCAAGAACUCGUUGUUUUCAGUCUCCAAUCUUAUUGUCAAGCUCGAGUUUUCGCCCACAGAGUUCUCUAAGAGCUUCCAGAGGUUCCUCAGGUACCAUCCCAUCAAUGAAUUUGAGUUUUUCUUUGAAAGCAUUGGUCUUGAUUAUAGUGAAGUUAAUGACAUUUUGCCUGCAAAUAAGUUCUUUUUCUCUGAAGAUGGGACUGUCUUGAAUGCGGCUUGUGCGCUUUCGGGUUUUGGGUUUCCUUGGAAUAUGCUAGGGAAGUUGUAUAAGGAUGAGGUUUCGAUUUUUAGUAGGAGUUCGGAGGAGUUAAAGGCUAGGCUUUGUGGGUUUAAGGAAUAUGGGUUAAGUAAUAUUUCAGUUAUAGGUAUUUGUUUAGCUUUUCCUCAUGUGUUGUGUGGGGAAGGUGAAUUGGGCAGUGAAAUUGAUGCAUUGUUUGAUGAUUUGAAAAGGGUUUUUUUAGAUUUUGAUUUGGUAAGUUCUAUUGAGGGAAAUGUGGAUGCUUGGUAUGAGGUUUGUAGGAAAAUUCGGGUGUUUUAUGAUUUGGGUUGUGUGAGGGGGACGAUGGGGGAGCUGAUGGGUAGGAGCAAACAUGUUUUUAUUGAAUACUCAGAAGAGGUUUUGGUCCAAAAGGCCGAGUACUUUUGUAGAUUUGGUGUUGGGAAGGAGGAUGUUGGUUUGUUGCUUCUCCAGAGCCCAGAUAUUUUGAGUCUUGAUCUAGAAACGCCAGUGGUUUCAGUGUUGGGGUUCUUGAAACAUUUUGGAUUGGAUACAGAAGAAUUAAUGUUGGUUAGUCAAAAGUAUCCGUAUGUGUUCGGAAGAAAUAAAAUGGCUAAUCUGCCUAAUGUGUUGAGAGCUUUGGAUCUACAUGAAUGGUUCUUUGAUAAGAUAAAGAGUGGAAGUCAUCAAUUGUUAGCUAAUUAUGUCCUUAGUGAUCCGGAUGAAGGCUUGGAUAGAGAAUUUAGAGAUGGCUUGGAUAAGAUCCAAUGUUCAAGAACUCCUAUUCAUAAUAUGAAUAAAUUAAAUUUCUUGCAUGGAAUCGGCUUUGGGGAAAAUGCCUUGACCAUGAAGGUCCUAGCUCACUUGCAUGGCACUAGUAGUGAGUUGCAGGAGCGAUUUAAUUGCCUCCUUCGUUUAGGGGUUAAAUUCUCAAAUCUCUGUAUGAUGGUAAGGUCGACACCAAAGGUCAUAAAUCAAAGACCAGAAACUAUUGAGCACAAAGUGAAUUUCCUCUGCCAUGAAAUGGGGUCCUCUUUGGAGUACCUAGACAUUUUCCCUGCCUUUUUGUGUUUUGACUUAGAGAACCGGAUUAAACCUAGGUACAGUUUCCACAUGAGGCUUAUGGAAAAGGGUUUGUGUACAAAACCCUACUCCAUUGCAAGCAUAAUAGCAACUAGUGAAAAGAAUUUUGUAGCUCGCCUUUCUGGAAUUCAUCCGGAUGCUCCAAAAAAGUGGUCUGAAUAUAUUUCACGCAAAAAGUCACAGGGGUCAUAAUUGAGUUUGUACAGCUUCUUAUAGGUUGCUACUUUCAUUGGUUUAGUGGUUUGAAAAUGAGAUUUUAGAAUAUCAGUGGAAGACUUAUGACAUAACAUUCUUGGAUUGAUCUUUGGGAAAGAUUUGUAAAUUAGUAUCUAAUCCCUUGGUUACAACAACAUUAGUAAUUUUCUCAGGAUCUCAGUGAUCAACCACUGUGAUCCUAUUGAUAUUACUUACCCUUUGAGAGGCCCCCAAAUGGCUCACGAUUGUACUCCAGCAGUUGGAAUUGGCAAGGAUCCUCCAUCAUCAGAAGUAAGUUCUUGUGACCAUUUCUAAGCAUUUGUACAUACCCAUGCCAUUGUAUUGAAUGAUUACUCCCUCCAGCUAUUUCAUAUUUGUAAAUUACGAAAAAUUUGGAAUGAGAUCUGCCAUUAUUUACAGAUGAAGUGGUUUAAUAUUUCAUUUGACUGUUAAUUUAUUUGCUUA